AUGUCACACUAUCAACCACGCGGAGGUCGAGGAGGUCGCGGAGGAGGCGGUGGGGGAGGCGGUAGAGGUGGCAGAGGCGGCGGCGGCGGCGGCGCUCGUGGCCGUGGAGGGUUCGGUCCUGGCGGUGGUGGUGGUGGAGGCGCCAGGAUAUUUUCACCCGGCGGACCCGAUUCUCCACCUUCGACGACGGUUGCUAAAGCCGAAGACGACUUCCUCUCCAAACAAAUUGCGAAUCUCAGCUUGAAGACCUCGCCUCCUCUACGGCCAGGUUACGGUACAGGAGGGCGCCCUAUAACUGUCUGGGCCAACUACAUCGAGCUGGUGGCGUCCUCCGACCUGACACUCUACCGUUAUGAUAUCUCGACGUCACCAGGUGCGACAGGUCGAAAGCUCACCCAGAUAAUCCGACAAGUUCUCCAAGCACCCGAGCUCGCGGGCUUCCAACAAGAUAUCGUCUCCGAUUUCAAAUCAACUCUGAUAUCGCGGCGAAAGCUCGGAGGCAAUCAAAUCUCGAUCAAAGUAACAUAUCACGAUGAGCGCUUCGAGGAACCUCGAGAAGAUGCGCCAGUCUACACCGUUAGGUUGUUGUUUACCAACACCCUCUCAAUCGGGACCCUCAUCAACCACCUCAAGGCUACCGCCCCAUCCGCCGACUACGUCGACAAGAUGCCCACGAUCCAGGCCUUGGACAUUUUUCUAAACCACCAUUCCAGGUUGUCCAAGGACCUCAUUUCGGUAGGCCGCAACAAGACGUUUUCCCUCAAGGAGGGUACCGCCAACUAUAGCCUUGGUGCUGGCCUCGUCGCCGUACGAGGAUUUUUUGCAAGCGUUCGAGCGGCAACCACCCGCAUCCUAGUCAACGUGAAUGUUAGCCAUGGCGUCUUCUAUCAGAGCGGGCCUCUUGAUGCGGUGAUGAAUGAAUAUCUAGACCGGAAUCGCAACGUGACAGGGCUUCACAACUUUGUGAAGAGGUUGAGGAUCACGAUGCGUCACCUCCCCGAACGCAAGAACAAGAGAGGCGAGGUCAUCGUCCGAGCCAAGACGAUUCUCGGACUUGCCACGCAGAAUGAUGGGCAAGGUACGGAGCAUCCGCCAAAAGUCGCAAGGUUCGGCGCAGGUCCGAAGGAAGUUCAGUUCUGGAUGGAUAGUUCCACGGGCUCGGCCAAACCAGCUGCAGCACAGGGGCAGGGCGAGACAGGAAAGAAAAAGAAGAAAGGAAAAGGAGCCCCUGCCGCGGAGAGCAGCAAGCCUUCCUCUUCGACAGGAAGCGGAAAAUACAUCAGCGUCUACGAUUAUUUCAAACAGACGUAUAACCGUUCUGUCAAUGCGAAUAUCCCCGUCGUCAACGUUGGCACGCGAGAGCGACCAACAUAUCUGCCCCCUGAGGCCUGCAAUCUACUUCCCGGGCAAAAUGCGAAUACCAAAUUGAGCCCAGAACAAACCCAGAACAUGAUCCGGUUUGCCGUUCGCAAACCGUGGGAAAAUGCCGAGUCGAUCCUGCGGGACGGUCUCAACACAGUGGGCUUGUCACCCAAGACAAACCUCCUUUUGGGACAUUUCGGCGUAUCCUUAACCCCCAGCUUAAUCAAGGUUCCAGGGCGGGUUCUCCCAGAGCCCAAGGUCUUGUACAAACAAGCCAAGUCGGUUCAAGUCCGUUUCGGGGGCUGGAAUAUGACUGAAGUCCAGUUCAGCGCCGCGGGGAACUUGAAGAAGUGGUCGUACCUUGUCGUCACACAUCCGGGAACCCGGAACGUGUAUGACUCCGUCAACCCGGUCGACGUGAUCAGGAGCUUUGCCGAAGUCUUGAAGAAACGCGGGAUCACGGUGGCCCCUCCCAUGCCAGGAAGGAAGCUCAACCUCAACAACCCCGACGACCCGCAGCUCAGCAAUCUCAUGCAAGGCGCUGCAGGACCGCUCGAUCUCCUCCUCGUCAUCCUCCCGACCAGCAAUACUCCCGUGUACUACCGCAUCAAGUCGUACGGAGACACAAGGUAUGGUCUCCACACCAUUUGCGUUGUGGCCGACAAGCUGGCCAAGCAACAGGGCCAAGACCAAUACUUUAGCAACGUCGCUCUGAAAUUCAAUCUCAAGCUCGGCGGCCAGAAUCAGCUCGUCGACCCAUCUCGACUCGGUAUCGUCAACGAGGGCAAGACCAUGGUUGUGGGCAUCGACGUCACGCACCCGUCUCCCGGAUCCAGCACCUCAGCCCCCAGCGUUGCAGGCAUGGUUGCGAGCAUAGACAGACACGUGUCUCAGUGGCCGGGCGUGCUCAGGUUCCAAUCCGAAGCACGCCAGGAAAUGGUCUCGGAUAUGAAGGACAUGCUCAAGUCUAGAUUGCGACUGUGGAAAGAGCUCGGGAAGAACAAGACUCUGCCGGAAAACAUCCUCGUGUACCGUGAUGGCGUGUCGGAAGGCCAGUACCAGAAGGUUCUGGUUGAAGAGCUCCCGCUAUUCCGAGAGGCCUGCAAGGAGGUGUACCCGGCGGCCGAUCAAAAGGCCGGGCUGCCACGGCUCACCAUCAUUAUCGUCAGCAAGCGACACCACACGCGUUUCUAUCCCACGAGCGAGAAAGACGCGGAUCGCGGGGGUAAUAACCCAGCUGGCACCGUCGUCGAUCGGGGCAUCACCGAGGCGGGAACCUGGGACUUUUACCUCCAAUCACACACUGCGAUCCAGGGCACUGCGAGACCCGCACACUACGUCGUGAUCCUCGACGAGAUUUUCCGAGAUCACUACAAGAAGGGCGUCCCGCCUCCGUACCGAAAUGUUGCCGACGUGGUGGAAAGCCUGAGCCAGACCCUAUGUUACACGUACGGCAGGGCAACGAAGGCCGUGAGCAUUUGUGCCCCGGUUUACUACGCGCACAUUCUGUGCGAGCGCGCUCGGGUAUAUUUAAAAGACGUGUACGACUCGACUCCCGCGGCUUCGGGAGCCGGCUCAGUUGCUGGUAGCCUAGGACGGGCCGGCACCGUUGGGAAUACAGAUGUCGAGCCUCACUUGAAGUUGAGAAACAGCAUGUUUUACAUUUGA